AUGUCCCGGCAGCGCUGCGGGACGCGCCGCCGCAGCCAAUGGCGCGGGGGAGGCGCGGGGCCGGGCGGGGCCGGCCGCGGCCAAUCCGCCGUGAGCAGCCGCGGCGGCGGAAGCGGAGCCCCGUUCUCGGUGCUGGCGGCUCAGCCGCGUCUGCGGCGGGACACCCCGGGCGCAGGUGAGGCCGCGGCCGGCGCUGCUCCGCGCCGGAGAAGGGCCGCGAGCGGGUGGGGGUGCGCGGCGGCGGGGGAGGAGCCCGCGCCUGGCCACAGUGUUGCCGGGCGGGCGGCCGAGGCGGCGGCGAGAGGCGAGAGGCGGGGCGCGGCGGCAGGACCGGGGCGGGCGCGUUGGCGGACGAGCAGGGCCGGCGGCAGGGCAGGAGCGGGGAAAGGCGGGGCGGGGGCGGGGGCGGGCGGCGCGGACGGGGGCGGCUCCGGGCGCCGCCGCGCUCCCGGGCACAUCCGGGGCCCGCGGCGCCUCACGGCGGCACGGGCGGCCGUCAUCGGCCAGCGCCCUCCGCCCCGCCGCUGGCCCGCCGCGCCGUGA